AUGGCCAAGAAGAAGAAGAAGAGCGCGCAGCCAGACUCGAACGGCGAGGCCAGCACGGCGGCGACCAAUGGCAGCGCAUCAACGCCGAAGCAGCCGGCGGGCGAGCCGUCGACGUCGGCACUGAUCAUCUGUCGCAACAAGCACUGGCGCUACAUCUCGUCCUUCCACGGGCCGUGGCUGCAGCUCCCGCCUGAGGUGCUGGAGUCGCUCGCGCACAGCAACUACCUCUCGCCGCGCCCGCGCCCGAUCGACCCGGCCGUCUUCUACGACCUGGUCAAGAUCCGCAAGCACGUCGAGGAGGCGACCAACCUGGCCGUGCGCGCGACGAGCGGUCUGACGAGCGGCGCCCUCAGCAGCAGCAGCCUGCAUGGCAACGGCCUGCUGGGACCGGCCGCCGCGCUGGGCAUGGGCUUCGGCGGGGGCGGGGGGAAGCUGAGCCGCGAGCGGAAGCACCGCAUGCGCGAGCUGGCGACGAGCAAGCUGAGCGCGGCGUACCAUUUGGACGAGAUCGCGGCGAGCGUUGCGACGAUGCAGAGCGCGAGCACCCUCGAGGACGUCGCCCAGCUGGUCCUGCAGCGGAACCCCAGCGACGUCGACGCCAAGUACGUGCACUUCUUCCACGAGAAGAUCCCGAGCCGGAUGAUGGCCCAGUGCACGCCGCUGGACACGCUGAACGACAUCGUCGCCGAGCGGCCGACAGACGGGAGCGCGCUGCGGACACGCGCCCUGACGCGCAUCUUCAAAGCCGACUACGCCAACUGCGCCAAAGACCUGACCGACGCCCUGGCCACGGCGCGCUGCCUCACCGCCCAGCACCGCAACGCCGACGACCAGCUCGUCCUGGCCAAGACGCACCAGGAGCAGUCCGCCCGCGACUGGCGCACCGAGGUCAAGAUCGCCGACGACGACCAGCCGAGCUCGCUCGAGGCGCAGCUGCUCUUCCACCGCGCCGGCGUCUACCUGACCAUCGCCUGCGGACAUGUCCACGCCGCACUGGACGGGCUGAAGGAGCAGGAGGACGCCAAGGCCGCGCGCGACGCACGCCUCGCAGCCGGCGAAGAGCCCGCCCCCGAGACGGCGGAGGAGGCAGCGGGGAGACUCUUCCGCGCAGAAAGCCGCAAGCAGGUCCGCCAGAACGCCAAGCGCGCACUGAGGGACUACACGGCCUUCCUGUCGCACUUCGACUACACGCCCGGCGUCUCGGCCGAGGCUGCCGACGAAUUCCUGCGCCGCUUCAGCAACGCGCCCAGCCAGACGAACGGCAGUCACGGCAGCCGCGGCAGCCACGGCAACUACGACACCAAGCUCGACCGCUUGCUGGAGGAAUCUUCGGCGCCUCCAGCGUCGCCUGUCUCGGAGGCUCUUACGCCCUACCGCAAACCCCCCGCCGCCGACCGCUCGUGGCCCAAACUCCCGCCUCCGCCCGUGUUCGCUGUCAGCCAACUCUUCGACGCCGUCCCACCCGCCGCUUUACCGCCCUACCCGCCCGCGCCUCAAACGCCCCCAUCUCCGAUCCCCAGCAACGAGAGCCUGACAUACCACCCCCUGCUCCCGGACGCCCUGCACUCUCUCCUCCUCGUGCACGCACUCCUCCAAACACCGCCGAAAGAACUGCUGCGGCACGCGCACAACGCAGCGCGGCUGGCAAGACUGCUCGAUGGAUAUCCCAUCUUUCUCGCCGCGCGGAGUCCGGCGCGGAGCGACUGGGUGGAGGUGCUGAGGCGAGGCGGGAACUGGGUGGGUUUGCUGCGCUCGUGGGAGUCUCUGUGCAGAUCGAGUCCGCCGCCAGGUCAGAGCGUGGAGGCGAGUGGACAGGGGCAAGUGGCGAGGGCAGGAGCACGGAAUGCAGGGGGAGCGGGAAGCGGGGAGACCAAGGAGCAGAGGAGGGAAAGGCAGAAACACGAAGCCAUCCUCGAAGCGCUGGCAGAUGAACGCGUCGUCGACGAGGAGAGCUUCCAGCGCGCCGUCAGGGCGCGCGAGAAGCGCUUCCGCGACGACGAGAAAGCAGAAGCGGCCAUGGAAGCCUCCGCCGCAUCAUCGCCCACGUCCGCAUCCGCCGGCUCGAAUGGCACAGAGAACGCGCCUACACCACCAAAGCGCUGGGCGCAAGAGGAAGACGCCCGCGAGUACCCGAUCAGCACCGAGCGAGCGGAAGCCAUCUCGCGCUGGGUCAGGGAUGCACCCGCCCUCACGUCGCAAAACAACACUGGCACGAAGAAGAAGCGCAGAAAAGGCACUGCGAAGAAGCCCGGUCUGUCAAAAGCGAGUAGUACUGGCUUGGCGGGCAGUGUUGCCAGCCUUAACGUUGAUGAGGAGGUUGAGUAGUUACCUGGCUGUGCACGGGAUAUUGCACCUGUCGCGCGUCUCGGAUAUCAUCUCAUCUUACACGGGAUUGCAUAUGUCGCGGGCCUCGGAUAUCAUCUCAUCUUGCAGCGAUAUGCAAUUGAAUCGCCUCUGGCCUACUUUGAGAUGUUGCAAGCAUCUGGGUCA